CCUUCAGUCCAGUUCUUAGUAGUCAAGAUGGCGUCCUCUUUCAAUGUUGUCAUUGGCCGACCCACACUGACUAAAAUCCGAGCUGUAGUUUCCCAGUCUCACCUAUGCAUGAAAUUCCCAACCCCUAUGGCAAUAGCAAUACUGCGGGGUAACCAGGAGAUGGCUAGACAUUACUAUAUCACCUCGGUCACACAACCUAAGAAGGGCAAAGAUCACACACCCGAGGCCAUUCCCCAACGGAUUCCUGAUAAUCAACAAGUCAUGGGUGUUGAAAUAACGCAAAUUGGAACUAGAUUGAACUCGGAGGAAAGAGCAGAGCUAAUAGCUUUUCUUCGACCUAACAAUGAUGUCUUCAUGUGGACCUCGGAAAACAUGCCAGGAAUUCCACCCUCAGUAUCCCAACAUAAGCUCAGCACCAAUCCGUUGAAGAAACCAGUGGCCCAAAAGCGACGUCUCUUUGGGGGGGAGAGGCUUCAGGCUAUAAAAGAAGAGGUAGAGAAACUUUUACAAAUUGGUUUCGUCAGAAAAGUUGAUUACUGCGAAUGGGUGGCUAACCCAGUCUUGGUGAAAAAGGCAAACGGCAAUGAGAGAUUAAGUCUCUUGGAUGCAUAUUCCGGGUAUCACCAGGUGCCGAUGGCUCCAGAAGACGAAGAGAAAACCUCGUUCUAUGCUGGCUAUGAAAUUUAUUGUUAUGUCAUGAUGCCGUUUGGCUUAAAGAACGCAGGUGCUACUUAUCAAAAAAUGGUGACCAUCUUCUUCCGAGCUCAGAUCGGCAGGAAUUUGGAGGUUUAUGUCGAUGACAUUGUGGUCAAUCCAGAAAAGAUCAGAGCAAUUGCCGAGAUGGAACCACCGAAAUUAGUAAAAGAUAUACAGAGGUUGACUAGAAGGGUGGCAGCUCUUCAUCGGUUCAUAACGAAGUCAGUAGAUAAGUACCUGCCAUUUUUCAAGAUUAUGAGGUCAGCCGCUCAGAAGGAUGAAUCAGGAAAACAAAAGAAAUUUGAAUGGAACCAGGAAUGGCAAGCCGCAUUCGACGAGCUGAAGUCUUAUCUUACCUCGCCACCUCUACUGACUAAGGCUCAGAGAUCGGCAAUCCGAGCUCAAGCACUAGCAGAUUUUAUUGUCGAAUGCACUCCAUAUCCUUCAACCCCUAAUCCAGAGCCCAACGACUGGACCUUAUAUGUUGACGGGGCAUCUAAUAGCAAGGGUUCAGGAGCUUGCGCUCUUUUGAUUGGUCCAGAUGGAUACCAAAGCGAACAUGCCCUGAAAUUCAACUUUGAUGCAACAAACAACAUGGCUGAGUAUGAAGCUCUGCUACUCGGUCUACAGCUAGUAUUGGAGUUGAAAAUCACAUUGGUGGCCGAGCUGAAAUGCAAAUUCCAAAAAUUCUGUCUGAGCAAAAUUCACCGAACUGAGAAUGAACAAGCAAAUUCACUCUCUAAAUUUGCCUCUGAUAGCUCUUUAAGUUCCAGAUCAGUUUUUGUGGAGGUCUUAGAUGAACCAAGCUUUAUGAAGCCACGGAUGAUGGAGAUUAGCACAGACCCUGACACGCCGAGUUGGACUGACUCAAUUAUCUCCUUUUUGCGAGAUGGAAUAGUACCUGAGGACAGGCAGGAGGCAAUGAAGUUGAGGAAGAAAGCAUCUCGGUAUACACUCGUUGAUGGGGCCCUCUAUAAGAGAUCUUUCUCACUCCCUCUUCUACGGUGUUUAAACCCUUAUGAAGCUGAGUAUGCACUUCGAGAGGGAUAUUACUGGCCAAACAUGUACAAAGAUGCCACUCACUUUGUUCAAAAAUGCCCGAAAUGUCAAUUCUUUGCACAUUUGACUCACCAACGAGCAGAAGAGCUCACGAACUUGGUAGCACCGUGGCCAUUUGCUCAGUGGGGACUGGAUCUUUUAGGCCCAUUCGUGAAAGGCGUUGGUGGUGUAACCCAUCUGAUUGUUGGUGUGGAUUAUUUCACAAAGUGGGUUGAAGCUCAGCCAUUAUCUAGUCUUACCUCCAAGAAGGUCGAAGACUUUAUUUUCAGCUCGAUCAUCUGCAGAUAUGGGAUCCUAAACCAAAUUGUGGCUGAUAAUGGAACUCAGUUCAAUUGCUCCUCAUUCCAAGAUUUUUGUUCUAGUUAUGGGAUCAAAUUGCCAUUCACCUCCGUUUACCAUCCGAAGUCCAAUAGCAUGGACGAGCUCAAUAACAUCCUCUGGGCAUACAGAACCACGAGCCGAACUGCCACAGGUGAAACACCCUAUCAUCUCGUCUUUGGUACCAAAGUAGUCAUUCCUAUUGAAAUAGGAGUCCCAAGCUUCCGAGUCACCCAUUUCGAUGAACGACGAAAUGGACAGUUGCUUCGAGAAAACCUUGAUCUGCUUGCCGAAGUCAGAGAAGAAGCACGGCUUCGAACUCUUGUAUACAAGCAGAAACUAGCCAACUUCUACAAUAAACGAGUCUGCCCUCGCACAUUCAAAGUAGGAGACCUUGUUCUCAGAAAAGUUGGCCUAACAGGGUUUGAAACUCAUUUUGGCAAACUCGCCUCAAAUUGGGAAGGCCCUUAUACCAUGGCUGAGGUGCCACAUCCUAAUGCCUAUGUCCUCCAAGACGUUGAAGGAAAGAGAAUUCCUAGAGUCUGGAAUGUCAAUAACUUGAAGAAAUUUUACCCCUAAUAAAAUUCUUUCAAGUGAUCUAUGUCUUACUGUUAUUUACACUUCUUACUUCGUGAUUAUUGAGAUUCAUUUUACCUCUUAUUCUAUGUAUCCGAGGUCAAUUAGUUCAUUCAUUCCUUGAACCUCACUUCUGUUAAUAAAUGUCACUUCACAUA